UGGCGGCCAUUCAAACUGGUCAGUUAUAUUUAUUCUACAAACGCAAACAGUGCAUUUAAUUUGUAUCGGUAGGUUAGCAACCAAUAUAAAGAGCUUGUCGAGAACUUACUUCGGGGAGCAUCAUGGCGGAGGGAAAAAGAGCUACAGUUCUUACUAGAGUACUGACUGCCCUGUUUUAUGGUGUUUGCUCUUUCUUGAUCGUUGUGAUCAACAAAACUGUUUUGACAACUUAUAAGUUUCCAUCAUUCCAGUUCCUUGGAAUUGGACAGAUGUUUGCCACAGUUGUGGUUCUUUAUUGCCUGAAGUUAGGUGGUGUUGUUUCAUUUCCAGAUUAUUCAUUAUCAACUUUUCAGAAAGUUUGGCCACUUCCAUUAUUAUAUGUCGGUAAUCUAGUUUUUGGAUUAGGAAGUACCAAGAGACUCAACCUUCCCAUGUUUACUGUCCUGCGAAGGUUUUCAAUUCUGUUUACUAUGAUAGGAGAGGCAUGGCUCUUGGGGUCAAAGGCAAAUUUUCAAGUGCAAGCUACAGUGUUUCUUAUGAUUUUUGGUGCCCUUAUGGCAGCAAGCGGAGAUCUUGCAUUUGAUGCCACUGGUUAUGUAUAUAUCCUUAUCAAUGAUGUUCUCACUGCAGCAAAUGGUGUUUAUGUCAAGAAAAAGUUAGAGUCCAAGGAACUAGGAAAAUAUGGUUUAUUGUUUUACAAUGCCAUGUUUAUGCUGUUUCCAGCUUUCCUCAUUUCUUACUUUGCUGGAGAAUUUGAUAAGGUUUUGCAAUAUGGUAACUGGAAGGAUCCACUAUUUCUUUUACACUUCACUGCCUCUUGUAUUAUGGGGUUUAUCCUGAUGUAUUCUAUAGUAGUGUGCACUCAAGCUAAUUCUGCACUCACUACCACAAUUGUUGGGUGUCUGAAGAAUAUUUUAGUGACUUACUUGGGUAUGUUCCUUGGAGGUGACUAUGUUUUUACUGUGAGAAACUUUAUGGGGCUCAAUGUAAGUGUUUUUGGAAGUGUGAUCUAUUCAUAGAUCACAUUUAGAGAAAAAGAGCCUUCUCCAACUCAAGGUUCAGCAGCCAGCAAUGAUGCAAAAAAGCAGGAAUCCAAUGCUUGAUGCCUACAAACACGACUGCAACUUGUAUCUAGUUUGACACACAACUUACACGUCUUAUACAAGGCAUGUAGUAAUGUAUAGGACAAACAAUUUGGUUAUAUCAACUCAGUUGAAAUUGUAAAUUGGCCACCGUAAAGAGUUAAAAGGCUGACGUUUCAAGCGUUAGCCAUUCGUCAGAGCGAAUGACGAGGAGGGAGCAGAGCAUUCUCUUUGACGAAGGGCUAACGCUCGAAACGUGAGCUUUUAACCCGUUACGGUGGCUAGUUUACAAUUUCAACCUAGUUAAUAUGAUAUCUUAUUAACCAAGCGCGA